GGCACAGACAGCGGGCUGCCGGGCGAAACCUCCAGCGUCUGCUCCAACGGCCACAAGGACGAGGACGCGGCGGGCGGGGGUAAAGGCGGCCACCCGAGCGGAAGCCUCACCAAGAAACAAAGAAAGGCGCGGACUGCGUUCACGGACCACCAGCUCCAAACCCUGGAGAAGAGCUUCGAGCGCCAGAAGUACCUGAGUGUGCAGGACAGGAUGGAGUUGGCGGCCAAGCUGAGCCUUACGGACACACAGGUCAAGACGUGGUACCAGAACCGCAGGACCAAGUGGAAGCGGCAGACGGCCGUGGGUCUCGAGCUGCUGGCCGAAGCCGGCAACUACGCCGCUUUCCAGCGCCUGUACGGCGGUCCUCCCUACGGCUGCUGCCACAAUGGCUUCAUUUCCACGGACAAAUGA